AGCCCCAGACUUUGAGCCUGGGGCAAAUCCAGUGUGCAUCUCUUCCACCAUGGGCGCAAAUCUACUGGGGUAUCCAACGCAGGACUGAGGGGGGUCUGGCCAGUUGGGGGUGUGGCUGCUUUGCUGCAAUACCAAUAUUGUGAAGGAAAAUAAGAAGUUUGGAACUGGAUCGCCACCCAAAACAAAAUCACUGUAACACUACUACUACUGCUAUGCUGCUGGAUUAUCCAAUGAAGACAUUUUGAGGAUACACUUGAUUCCCCAGAAUUUUGGAUUAUUAUUCGCUGUACACCUUCUAACUCUCACAUCAUACGGACCUCUCGUACCAUCUCUCAAAAGAAACUAUCUCUUGAAGCAACCUAACUACAGAGCCACAAAUCCCCUCCUUUUGUCUCAGAAUUCUGGUCCAUCAGACUUCUUCCGUGGUUUUUCUUCCCGCUGUCCCGAAGCCCCACCACCAUGGCUCUGCUGAAGGUGAAGUUCCCCUUCCAGAAGCGCGUGCGUAUGGCUCAGGCUCUUUGGCUGCUGUCCUGGCUGGCCGUCCUUGGAGGGACCUUCACGUUUUCCUUGGGGAUCUUCCUGAAGACCGAACUCCACAAGAGAGCUGAGGUGAUGGAUAACACAGAGAUCCAUGCCGUGCCCAACACCUUGAUGUUGGCUGGCCUGGCCUCCCUGGGCAUCAACUUUUUUGCGGGGAAGAUCUGCCAGGACUCCCUGGACGUGGCCCGCUUCCCGCGCUGGAAGUCCUUCAUGCAGCCCUUCUUCGUCCUCUCCGUCUUCUUCACCCUCCUCCUGCUGGUGGCGGUCAUCAUGAGCUACGCCAUGAAGGGCAACCUGGAGGAGUCCCUGAAGGUCGGGCUGAAGAACGGCAUCCGCUUCUACAAGGACACGGACACGCCCGGCCGCUGCUCCCAGAAGGAGACCAUCGACCGCCUGCAGAUGGACUUCCGCUGCUGCGGGAACACCAACUACCGGGACUGGUUCGAGAUUCAGUGGAUCAGCAACCGCUACCUGGAUUUCACGUCCAAGGAAGUCAAGGACCGCAUCAGGAGCAAUGUGGACGGGCGCUUCCUGGUGGACGGGGUCCCCUUCAGCUGCUGCAACCCCAGGUCCCCCAGGCCCUGCAUCCAGCACAGGCUGACCAACAACUCCGCCCACUACAACUACGAGCACCAGACCGAGGAGCUCAACCUGUACAGCCGCGGCUGCCGCCAGGCGCUGGUCAACUACUACAUGGGCCUGAUGAACUCCAUCGGGGCCGGGGUGCUGUCUGUCUUCCUGCUGCAGAUGACCGUGCUGGUGAGCCUGCGGUACCUGCAGACCGCCAUGGAGGCGGUGGUGGGGCAGGAGAACGCCGAAAUCGAGACGGAGGGGUACCUGCUGGAGAAGAGCGUGAAGGAAACGGUGAAGGAGUUCAUGGACACCGUGCGCAAGCUCCUCCAGCCCACUCAGGUGGACGCGGCCGCGGCGGAGGGCGGGGCAGCGGGGGGAGAGAAGGCGGCCACGCCCGCCAGCUAAAGGGAAGGCGCUGGGAGGGGAAAUCCCCUUACAAGAUUCAGUUGACUUCUCCCAUAUAUUCAUCCCUCUUUUGUUAGUACUGAUUCAUUGUAAUGUAAACUUCUACUGACGAGAAUGCACACUAUUUGCAGAUGACAUACAUAUAACCUGCAUGUGCACACACACACUCACAAACAUACUGGUAUGAACACUCACACACUCACUCACACACACACACACACACACACACGUACGCACGCACACACACACACACACAUACAAACACAUGCCAUCGUGCAGUAAACUACUGUUCUCUCAAAAGCCGUUGAGUGAGGAUUUUAACUCCUUUCUCCUCAAAUUUUGAUAUACAUGAUCAAUAAAACGAUGUUGAUUAAUCCAAUCCAACCCACAGUCUUCUCCUUGACCAGGUCAAAUUUGAAAAGCUGUUAAAUAAAUGCAUUUUUAAAUGAUUCAUCCUUCCAAAAAUGCAGAAAUGUGAAAUAAAUCCAGGCAGCUUCCCUCUACCCCCUUUGUGUUUAGCAUGCUGGCUGUAGUGUACCAAUCUGCUCAAUGUGCUGCUGUGUAACCAUAAGAGGACAGAAAGAGACAUAAGAGCUGCCACACAGGAACCUAUUAAAGAUUUUAAGUUUAACUGCUUCAUUGGGUCCAGGCACUUUUGUCGUUUUUUAAUGCGUGCUUUUAUUUUGUAUGAUGACUUUUCCCAUCUGAAUAAAAGGUUGUUUGGAAUUCUUAA